CCACUUAUCGCUUCAUAUUUAAAAAAAAUGUUUGUGUAGUGAUGCAGCUGAUACGUGUUGUGACAAAUGGCUCCGUUUAACGUGGACAAAAUCAUCGAAAGUUUGCUCAACGCUCGUGAUGGCAAUAAAACUAAAAAAGUCAACUUGAAAGAAGAUGACAUUAAUGCUUUGUGUCAAAAAGCUAUGCAAAUUUUUCUAGAACAACCAAUGCUUCUGGAGUUGGAAGCUCCACUAAAAAUCUGCGGUGACAUUCACGGUCAGUACAGCGACCUUUUGAAGCUCUUCGGCUUCGGGGGGUUUCCACCAGAAGCUAACUAUCUCUUUCUGGGGGACUACGUAGAUAGAGGAAAACAGUCGCUCGAGUGCAUCUGUCUCCUUCUCGCUUACAAGAUUAAAUACCCUGAGAACUUUUUUUUGUUACGUGGCAACCACGAAGUGGCCUCUGUGUGCAAAAUUUACGGAUUUUUCGACGAAUGCAAACGUCGCUACAAUGUCAAACUUUUCAAAACUUUCACCGACGUUUUUAACACGUUACCAGUGGCGGCGGUGAUCGAUGACAAGAUUUUUUGUUGCCAUGGGGGCAUAAGUCCCGAUUUGUUACAUAUAGGGCAGAUUCGAAAUAUAGAGCGACCUUGUGACGUCCCCGCCUCUGGGUUGCUGUGUGACUUACUAUGGGCGGAUCCGACACCCCAGCUAGGUUGGCACGAUAACGACCGAGGGGUGUCGUUUUCUUUCGGACCAGACGUGGUGUCAAAGUUUUUGGAUAAGCACGACUUCGACUUGAUUUGCAGAGGCCACCAAGUGGUGGAAGACGGGUACGAAUUUUUCGCCCAAAGAAAACUAAUCACGGUCUUCUCAGCCCCUAAUUACUGCGGCAGUUUCGACAACGCGGGGGCCCUCAUGUCGGUCAGUACGGACCUGAUGUGCUCCUUCCAGAUCUUGAAACCACAGCAGAGGAACAGCAGGUGACACACUGAAACCACUUCACCUUAAACUAGUCUAUAGUAUUAUUAUUUUUACUUACUUUUUGAAAACACGGUGCUUAUAUGUGUGCAUCAUUUAAAAACUCCUCGUUGUGCAGCUGCGCGUACUUGGGGAAGUCGAACGUUUCGGACUCCUCGUUCUCGUCAUCAUCAUGGAAUAUUUUUCGGACGGUGACAGCCAGGAUUAUUAUUCCGAUAACGGAAACGGCGAUUACGACGUAUGAUACUGUGUCAUCUUGUAAAGCAAAAUUCAAUAAAUGAUUAAAUGUGAAA